AUGGGGGAAUUCUCCAAGGAAUCUUGCCCUUCUGUGAAGAACAUUUUGCUAUUGGAUUCUGAGGGGAAGCGUGUUGCUGUGAAGUACUUCUCGGAUGAUUGGCCAAAUAACGCAUCUAGGUUGACCUUUGAAAAGUCCAUUUUUACUAAAACUCUGAAGACAAAUGCACGCUCCGAAGCUGAGAUAACAUUGCUUGAUGGUUUUAUUGUUGUUUACAAAUUUGUACAAGACCUACACUUUUUCGUCACUGCCGGAGAUGAUGAGAAUGAGCUCAUCAUAGCAAAUGUGCUACAGGGUUUUGCUGAUUCGGUUGGUCUUCUACUCAGGGGUGAUGUCGAGAAGAGGACUGCACUUGAGAACUUGGACUUGAUACUUCUCUGCAUUGAUGAGAUUAUUGAUGGCGGCAUAAUUCUUGAAACAGAUGCGAACACCAUUGCGGGGAAGGUUGCAACCAAUGCUGCUGACGGCUCUGUUCCCUUCUCUGAGCAGACAAUAUCUCAAGCUCUGGCCACAGCCAGGGAACACUUUGCAAGAUCUCUUCUGAAAUGA